AGAACACUCCCGAAGCCUGGGUGGGGGAUUGGAAGUUCCUCAGACCAUAUUGGGGGCAUCUGGCUUCCAGAACAUCCGAGCCCCACCCCUGCCGCUCUCCGGUGAUCCCGGGGGAGCGCCCGGGCCUGCGGCCGCCUUCACAGUCUCCGAACACACGGCCCGGUCGCCCGCGACCACUGACCCCCGGCUCACAGCCCAGAGCUGAGCCAGGACCCGACCCCGCCCGAGAACCGCAUCCGUCGCUUACCGACCGCCUCGCCUACACUCCUGCACUCCCCCGCGGCCGCGAGUGGUGCGGCCCGACCCCGCCCCCUGACGCCAGCGAGGGGCAGGGCGCCCGUCCCGUCACGUGACGGGGGAGUGACCUCGCCGCCCCUUGCCAUGGGGGGCUUCCGACCCGGAAGUGGCGCCCUGGGCUCGCGGCGGUGCCGCGGGGAUGGCGGGAGCCGGAGCAGGAGCUGGAGCUCGCGGCGGAGCGGCGGCGGGGGUCGAGGCCCGGGCUCGCGAUCCGCCGCCUGCACACCGCGCACAUCCGCGCCACCCUCGGCCUGCGGCGCAACCCUCGGCCCGCAGGAUGGACGGCGCAUCCGGGGGCCUGGGCUCCGGGGACAACGCCCCGACCACCGAGGCUCUUUUCGUGGCGCUGGGCGCCGGAGUGACGGCGCUCAGUCACCCGCUGCUCUACGUGAAGCUGCUCAUCCAGGUAGGUCAUGAGCCGAUGCCCCCCACCAUUGGGACCAAUGUGCUGGGGAGGAAGGUCCUCUACCUGCCGAGCUUCUUCACCUAUGCCAAGUACAUUGUGCAAGUGGAUGGGAAGAUAGGGCUAUUCCGAGGCCUGAGCCCCCGGCUGAUGUCCAACGCCCUCUCCACCGUGACCCGGGGCAGCAUGAAGAAGGUUUUCCCUCCAGAUGAGAUUGAGCAGGUUGCCAACAAAGAUGACAUGAAGACUUCUCUGAAGAAAGUGGUGAAGGAGACCUCCUAUGAGAUGAUGAUGCAGUGCGUGUCCCGCAUGCUGGCCCACCCCCUGCAUGUCAUCUCAAUGCGCUGCAUGGUCCAGUUUGUGGGACGGGAGGCCAAGUACAGCGGCGUGUUGAGCUCCAUUGGGAAGAUUUUCAAAGAAGAGGGGCUGCUGGGAUUCUUUGUCGGCUUAAUCCCUCACCUCCUGGGAGAUGUGGUUUUCUUGUGGGGCUGUAACCUGCUGGCCCACUUCAUCAAUGCCUACCUGGUGGAUGACAGCGUGAGUGACACCCCAGGGGGGCUGGGGAACGACCAGAAUCCAGGUUCCCAGUUCAGCCAGGCCCUGGCCAUCCGGAGCUACACUAAAUUUGUGAUGGGGAUCGCAGUGAGCAUGCUGACCUACCCCUUCCUGCUGGUCGGUGAUCUCAUGGCCGUGAAUAACUGCGGGCUGCAGGCCGGGCUACCCCCUUAUUCCCCAGUGUUCAAAUCCUGGAUCCACUGCUGGAAGUACCUGAGUGUUCAGGGCCAGCUCUUUCGAGGCUCCAGCCUGCUUUUCCGCCGGGUGUCAUCAGGAUCGUGCUUUGCCCUGGAGUAACCUGAAUCACCUAAAAAAAUACACGCUCUCUCAGCCUGGCCACCGUGGGUGAGGCCUGAUCAUCUCGGGGCACCUGUAAGACAACCAACCCAGCAGCACCUAGAUGUGCUCCAGCACAGCUGGGCUUCGGUUUCCAUAUAUGCCAUGUUUGUCCAGAAGUAGGGGUUGGGUGGGGGUAAGGCUGCGUCCAGUGGAUUGGUCACUGUUAGACCUGGGGAAGGUGGGGUGGGGCUGGGGAAUUGGGGCAGAAUCCCCUUACUUUGCAGAUUUCCUGAGUCUGUCUUGUGCAAGGGGCCAAAGAAUGGCUUGUGGAGGCCCACGUUGGAUGGGCAAAGGCUCAUGAAGUCAGGUCCCAACCCCCAUUCACACCCCUUGAGUCAGCCCCAGCUCUCAUCCUGCAGCUCAGCUGGGAGUUUCACUCUCUUGCUUUGUAAAUAAGGUGUGAUCCCCUUUCACGAGGCUGCUGUCAUGUCCAGGCCUUUGCGAGGAGACUGUCUUCGUUUCUCUCAACACUACUUUUCUGAUGAGGCAGCACCUUCUGAAAGGGAAAUCAUGUGACUGCUCAGAACGUGUCCUUCUCGUCAAAUGUUCAUUGGUUUAAUGGUGAUGCCUUACGUGCAGGAUAUGGUUACCUGUGCACUUGUGAACACCCAGAUGUUAGGCAGAUCAGUGUCUUUUCCUAUCCAGUUUAAAGUUCCUAAUAAGAUUUGACCCUUUCUCCCUCAAAUAAAUUCAUUGGUGGUCAUUUGGAGCUUU